AUGAUCUUCAGUUCCUCAGGGAAGUGAAAGUAACAACAAGGAAUCCAGUUAUUCCUGUUGUCUGCAGGCCUUAUAUAUAAGUCGGCCGAGCAUGAGGAAGUGGCCUGAGGAGGUGGCUGGGAGCCUGCACUGCAAACCGUGCUGUCUUCGCACUGUGCCCUGCAUCUAGGAGCAGCGCCAGGAUGUCUCGACUACUGCCCGCCCUGCUCCUCCUCUUCUCCAUCAGCAGUGCCCUGGCCCUCAGGAUCUGCUCCUUCAAUGUGAGGUCUUUUGGGGAAACCAAGACGGAAAACCAGAAGGCCAUGGAUGUCAUUGUGAAGGUCAUCAAACGCUGUGACAUCAUACUCGUGAUGGAAAUCAAGGACAGCUCUAACACAAUCUGUCCCAUGCUGAUGGAGAAGCUGAAUGGAAAUUCAAGAAGCACAACAUACAACUAUGUGAUUAGCUCUCGGCUUGGAAGAAAGACAUAUAAAGAACAGUAUGCCUUUGUCUACAAGGAAAAGCUAGUGUCUGUGAAGGAAAGCUACCUCUACCAUGACUAUCAGGCUGGAGAUGCAGAUGUAUUUUCCAGGGAACCCUUUGUGGUCUGGUUCCAGUCACCCUACACUGCUGUCAAGGACUUCGUGAUUAUCCCCCUGCACACCACCCCUGAGACAUCCGUUAAAGAGAUUGAUGAGCUGGCUGAUGUCUACAUGGAUGUGAAACGCCGCUGGAAGGCAGAGAAUUUCAUUUUCAUGGGCGACUUCAACGCAGGCUGCAACUAUGUCCCCAAGAAGGCCUGGAAUAACAUCCGCCUGAGGACCGACCCUAAGUUCAUUUGGCUGAUCGGGGACCAAGAGGAUACCACUGUGAAGAUGAGCACCAACUGUGCAUAUGACAGGAUUGUGCUGAGAGGACAAAAGAUCAUCAGCUCUGUUGUUCCCAAAUCAAGUGGCAUCUUUGACUUCCAGAAAGCUUAUGGGCUAACUGAAGAGGAGGCCCUGGAAGUCAGUGAUCACUUUCCAGUUGAAUUUAAACUACAAUCUUCAAAUGCCUUCUCCAAACGCAAAAAAUCUGUCUUUUCAAGGAAGAAAAGCAAGGCCCGCCGCUCCUAGAUAUAUGGGCAGCAUUUUAUUAAUCAUUCUUGCCUCUAAAUAAAAUAGCUCUAACAGGUUUGAACUGCUCCCUGCACUCAGGAAACAAGAAUGGAUCUACUGCUUUCAUUUUUCAACUUGAUCCAAAUUGGGAAGAGAGUCUUCUCUUAUCCCAUGUGGGCUUGUACCUCCCCUGAAACUCCCCAAAGGAAAUUGGGGCCUUUUACAGUCCAAAAGGAUGGUCUUCGCAUCCUGAGCUAGAGGCCCACCUGCUGUCAUGGCCACUGCUCAGCUGCCUUGGAGAGGCUGCAGGAAGAGGAGGAACAUCAGCCUUUAGUCUUCACAAGGGGACCCCGUUCCAUGGGAAAUGACCCGAAAUGCCAGGGUCCCAACAGAACCCCAUGAUCUGGGCAAUUUUCUCUCUGGGGAAUCUGGCCCUGUUGUCUGAGGUCGUCUCACAGGGAUGGAGGAUGAAGGCCUCUCCCACCUAGUCUCCUGCCUCUGAAUUGUCCUCCAGCUCAGCCAGCCCAGUAACCACCGGCAUCAUUCUUUGAAAUUUCAUUCUGACUACAAGCCACCCUCAUUCCUAUCCCCUGCUUAUAAAUCCUAUCACCAUUUGGAGACAGCGCAGAGAUUUUGCAUACCUCCUAAGGUCUCUAGAGCUGGCAUAUCACAUCAGACUUACCUUCGUCUCACCUCGCACUUUAUGCCCAGUGGGAGUGCCUCUUCCCUGCACCCAAGUGCCCUGUCCCACCGAAGUGGGCCCGGGCCCGGUGCCCCGGCCCCCAUGUGUGCCAUAUCUCUAUUUUAACAUUCGCCACAGUGCAUUUGUCACCAAGGUCACUGUUAGGGCUCCUUAGAAGAAUUUACAGAUCAAAGGCCCAGUUGGCUGGCAGGGACUUGAAGAUUUUAUUAUAUUUCUGCAACCAAAGAGUUGCAGAGAGGUCUAGUAGCAUGGCACCUUGUUACCUGUGUCCUGUAUGGUGGCCACUUAUGUUUGUUUUGUUUGUUUUUCCUUAUACUAUUUCUUUGUUCAAGCAGCACAUGGACAUGGCUAACUACGCAAGCAGCACCAGAGAAUAAUCAGGGACAAGGAAGGCUGCACCCCAACCCCAGCCCCUUGUUUGCUGUCUCAGAAGCAACCCCUCUUCCCAGCUUAUGUGUUCUUCCAGAUCCUGUACAUAAAGAAGCACCAUGUGUAACCUUGACAAAUACAGAAAAUAAGAUG